AUGAAUAUAACUGGUGGAAAUACUUUUUCGGAACAAGUAAAAGAAAGAAGCCUGAACAUACCGAAGGCUGGGAAACUCAUACCUGAAGGAAACAGGGCUGAGUCCUGUUUAAAAGAAGUGACAAGUCCCUCGACCCCACCGGUGGUAAGAAAAUUCCGCCAGAGCAACCAACCCGCCCCAGGAGCCAUCAGGGUGCACCGAGGGAGGGCAGAUGACCCAGAUGUUGCCAGCGCUCUCGUUCACGGCGUUAGCACCAAACCAUCCCUCACUAGUGAAAACCUGCUAAAUCCUCCCAAAAAGACUUUGUUCCAACAGAAGUUGCAAGAACUCAGUGACUCUGUGUACGCCUCAAGCCGGAAAGCACCGCUCGGCCGGUCACAUGACCAACACGCUGAUCUUCCCCCCUGGUAUAACGACAAAACUACAUUUGGUGUGAAAACACAUAAAGGGUUGAAUGCAUCUGAGCUUAUUAACCCUUCACACACAGCCGGGGAGAUAGAGAGGGACGCUCAGGAGAGCCAUGAAGCAUACGUUCGGAGCCAUAAUGCCUACUUUGUUGGUGAACGGAUUGAUAGGAAGUAUGACAGUAGUCACUACAGUAAAGACAGCCGGUUCGGUGUCCCCACACCUCACUGCAACGACGGACGUAAUGUCUCCAGAACGCUCCACUGGCUGGAGGAACCACAGAAGUUUUACAAUCCGACGCCUGUUUGGAAGAGAUCCGGGACCAGCGACAAGAUGGCAGCACAGAUCGGCAAAGCCAAUAACAAGAGAGGAAGCACCUUGCAUGUUCCACCUGAUCACACUUUUGGAAUUCUCCUGCCGCAAGAUGGAUUUGGUCUGGGAGAUAUACUCCACUCCACAGAGCCAGGCGAGUUCGUGAGAGGCCGAGACAGACAGCGCAGCCUGGUCAACGCAGUGAUACACCACCUCAAGAGGGUCAACUUUCACAACUUCCCCUCCUUGCUGAAGGCGUUCAGGCAUUAUGAUAAGAAAGGAAAGGGAAUGAUUGACAAAGAGGACCUGCUGGCAGUGUGCCGUCAGUUCCAGCUGGAUGUGAGUGGGCCGGUCCUGGAUGACCUGAUGGAUUACUGUGAUACAGACAAGGUCGGACAUAUCAACUUCCUGGAGUUUGCUAACUUUCUCAACUGGAAGGACAAGAUGCCGAUCAGCAGCCGAGAGCAAAAGAUGCUGAUGAACGAGUAUCAGACCAGCACAGGUCCAGUCGACACAGACCUUAAAGUUUCGUCAGAACCGGCGCAGCCUCCUCCCUUGCAGGCCUUAAUUAAGCCUGAGGACCUGGAGCCCGUUGAGCCAGGCAGCUCACUGAAGACCGUCAGGACGUUGAGGCGGCCGAAGGCAGACCCAGACCACUUCAUGACCUCAUCGUCCCUCAUUGGGGCUGUCAGCGAUGGCCCGGUUACAUCGAGUGGCCGCACCUACGGGAUCCCGUCCGUGCGCUCGGACCUCCCAGCUCCACGCAUCAAAAGAGUCAGCGACACGAAUAACUACGGCGACGCGUCUACGGCUGCGAAUCUUCUGUAUCCAUCGGUUCACGCUGUCCGAGGUGUUUAUGAGGAACACUUCUUCUGUCCUCGCACCAAGCAGGAGAUUGCAGAGAUCUUCAGGAACGUUGGUGUGGACAUUUCCGAGGAGACGUUUGAGGAGGCCUGGAGGCUGGCGUCCACGAAGCGACCGAACGGGGAGGUUUGUGUCGAGGUCUUUCGUAACGUACUCGAGGAAAUAAAAGGGAUGUAAUACAGAUUUUGUACAGAUUUUGCUCAUCAGUUUUCCAUCUGGCGAUAUAUCUGGAGGCUGGUGGAAACUUUGCACCUCCAACAUGUUUUAAUUUGACGGGAGAGCGUUUUUACCAAAUGAAGGAAAAUGGAUUCAACCCAUGUAGGAGGAGUGAACAUUCAUCUGAGUAAACAUUCAUUAUGAAGUUUUCACUUGACACCCAUAAUGCAACACUACUUUUUUUUUUUUUUUCCAGGCACCUCUUCGUCAGGUAAAGCCUUUUGAACAAAAAAAACAAAAAGUAAAUCACAAGCUGUUUGUAUUUUGUCUUUGAAAGUG